GUUGCAGUUAUAUUACGUGCCGCGCGUUCAAUCAGUUAGCAAGUCGGAAAUGUAAGUAUUUCCGAAUUCCGUCUAGAACGUGAACCUGGCAAUAGUUUCACAGAGCAGAGUGGGGGACGGGAGCACCGGACUGAUGCAGUAGUGAAGAAAUCGUAGCAGAAUGGCGGAGAGGUGGCUACCUUUUUCGAUCAUAUUUCUAGGAGUUCUCUCCUUGUAUUGUGCUGCGUCGGCUGAUAACAGCGGCAUUAAGAAGAUGAAGAUGCAAUUUGCAACAGGGCCACUUCUUAAAUUCCAAAUCUGCAUCUCCUGAGGGUACAAGAGGGUGUUUGAGGAGUACAUGCAGGUCUUGUACCAGCGGUACCCAGACAUCCGCAUUGAGGGAGAGAACUACCUUCCUCUACCCCUCUACCGACAUGUUGCUUCCUUCCUGUCCAUGUUCAAGCUGGCACUGAUCGGACUGAUCAUCAUCGGCAAGGACCCUUUUGCCCUCUGCGGUAUGCAAGCCCCAGGCAUCUGGGUCUGGGGACAGGAGAAUAAGAUUUAUGCCUGCAUGAUGGUGUUCUUCUUCAGCAACAUGAUUGAAAACCAGUGUAUGUCAACAGGAGCGUUUGAAAUCACGUUAAACGAUGUGCCAGUGUGGUCCAAGCUGGAGUCAGGUCACCUGCCCUCCAUGCAGCAGCUGGUCCAGAUCCUGGAGAACGAGAUGAAGAUGAAUGUACCCAUGGACACACUCCCCCACCACCGCUCCUAACCCUGUCUCAUCCCCCUGGAUGGAGCCAUAGACCCCUCCACGUUUGAGGUGGGUUUCUCAAUGGACUGUGAGGUGAUGUUAAUGAAGGUCUGCGCUGAAGGCAGGAAGACUGCUAGCUCAGACUGGAUGUCCCCAUUGCUCCUCACCACGCCCCUUAGACGCCCUGCCCCUGAUGCUGGCUUGGGAUCUAUGGCAACCGCAACAGCCAUUUUCUUGUACUAUUACUACUGCAGAUCAUUCAUCUUGUUGCAAUAAACAUUCAGUUUUGUCUCUUAUGCUCACAUGGAUCAAUUUAAGCGCAACAAUAUUGAUGUGAAUGGUCAGAUAUUAGAGAUUAAUAUAGAUUCUCCCCCCCCCCCCCCCCCCCCCCCCACCCUUCCAGAUCACAGGUCUUUAAUUAGCCACACAUCGAUCCAUGUGAGUUAGGCAUGACUAUAGGUGGCGUGUCCAUAAGGCCAAAAUGAUAUAGCCUAAUUAGCCUUUUCCUGUCUAUACAGAAAUAAAUAAAAUCAUUUAAAAUGGGCUACUAAAGUAUGAUUUGCCCACAGCGGGUCAUAAGCAUUGCCUGCAGUCGGAAGGAAAGGCAGCACACGGCAUACACCAAAUGCAUGAUUGUUUUGUUGUGACUGUCAUUGAAAAGCAAAGGCUCAGCCAGGCAUUUCACAAUGUUUCAAAAUACAAUCGAAGAAAACCUAGUUUGAGAAGUAAACCUUUAUUGCUGUCAGGAGAAAACAAUGAAAA